AUGGCGGCAGUGCAUGCCUUGCCAGUCAUGCACUCAUAUCACUCUAGACAAUCCCUCAACGGCGUGAACACAGUCAAUGCCGCGGGGCCCAGCGUACUACCAACUCCACCGGUGGCUUCACGGAAAAGGAAACGAGCUCAACAAUACACCGUGAGCUACAGCGAAGUACAGGAAACAGAUAGCGAUGGUCGAGUCCGGGAUGUUAUCGUCAUCGAAGAUACUCCUCCUCCUACUAUGUCACCCGCAACAACUCAUGGCGGCGGUUACUCGGCGCCGUAUCAGCCUCCAAUUUUCACGGCACCGAUUAGGACGAGAGCAAGAGCAGCUGCUGAAGCGCAAGCUCUUUCGGCAAGCAUAUCUGCCAGCGGUGUUGCCCCACCACCGAAGAAACGUAAGCGGGAUCCUGCAGACGAAAUUCGAGCCCUGCCAGCGAAAAAAGCUGCUGCAAGCAGCCAAAAUUCGCUCGCGAUCACUCAGACCAAGUCUUGGGGUAGCAGGAGUGCUGCUGCGACAGACGAGACAUCCAAAGGGCCUGUGUCAUUCGACGACAAGGAAGGACAUUAUAUCAUCGUACCCGACGAUAUUAUCUACAAGCGAUAUCGAACGGUGCGCCUGUUAGGGCAAGGGACGUUUGGUAAAGUCGUGGAGGCCAUCGAUACAUUCACCAACGCCAGAGUUGCGAUUAAGAUUAUCCGAGCGAUCCCUAAGUACCGGGACGCCAGCAGAAUAGAGGUGCGAGUGCUUCGAGAACUCAAAAAGAAGGACCCACACAAUACCAACAAAUGUAUACAUCUGCUCGACACCUUUGACCAUCGCAACCACGUUUGCCUGGUCUCUGAAUUACUUGGGAUGUGUGUCUAUGACUUUCUCAAAGAUAACGAAUUCGCGCCGUUUCCUCGCCCUCAUAUUCAAGCAUUUGCCCGACAGCUGUUGAACAGCGUGGCUUUUCUUCAUAGGGAGUCACUCAUUCAUACGGAUCUCAAGCCUGAGAAUAUACUCCUCGUCCACAAUGAUUACCACAUAGUCAAUAUCCCUGUGCCAGGAAAGAAAAAUGCCGCUCCAAAAUCUAAACGGAUCUUAGACUCAACCGAAAUUAGACUCAUCGAUUUCGGCUCUGCGACCUUCGAAAAGGAGUAUCACUCUCAAGUCGUGUCUACUCGACAUUAUCGCGCACCAGAAAUCAUCUUAGGUCUCGGGUGGUCUUUUCCUUGCGAUGUGUACUCAUUAGGUUGUAUCCUGGUUGAGUUUUACACUGGGAUGGCGCUCUUCCAGACACACGACAACCUUGAGCACCUUGCAAUGAUGGAGAUGGUCAUGGGCAAAAUGCCCGAACGAUUCGCUCGUGCUGGGGCAAGGUCGAAACCUGAGUUUUUCAAAGAAGGCUGUAAAUUGGAUUGGCCUAAACCGAAAGCUUCAAGACAGAGUAAGAAGGACGUUCGUGCUACUAGACCUCUAAACGUAAGCCUUCUGCUCCAAUCUCUUCACAUUAUACCACCCACCGAUCUUAUCAAUCAACAUUUUUUGGAUCUCGUCCAGAAGCUUCUAGCGUUCGACCCGACACACAGGAUCACAGUCGCGGAAGCUCUCAAGCACCCGUAUUUCUCGUUGAAUAUUUCCGCUGAGAUAUAA